GUGGCUGCCUUCCCGAUUUGUUAUUAUGGCUGGGCUGUACGUCCUCUCUUCAAUUCUCUGUCUCCUCCAAUUCUACCCACUCGAACAGAUCAAAAGCCACUUUGACUUAAUUUUUUAUUGAAACAACUGUGUCGUUCCCUAUCCUGAUUGUUCCUUUCAUCUUCCGUGAAUCAAUAAGUCUCUACUCAAUUGGACUUCAAGUCUAGAAAUCAAAACUCCUUUUACAUCCUCACCCCGAUGUACUAUAUACUGCUAUAUGAGGAUGGUGGCUUCUGUAGUCUGCUUCAAACCCGGCUUCUCCCCUCCGUAGAUCGGGAUGUAGCGGCGUCCGGAGGGAAUCGGCCGGCGGAGGCGGCGGCUACACAAUAGCAUGGAGAGCGGCAGCACAGGAUCCAGAUCAUCGUCAAUGGAGUCCCGGGCCAUUAGUCCCAGCGAGACGGCGCUGCCGUACGCGCAUCCGCCGUUGGCCCCGUCCGACCCCAUGGAGGAGCGCCGGAGCGGGGGCGAGGUGGUGCGUGUGCGUGGUGGUGCAGGUGGUGGGCGGCGAUGUGGCGGCGGACAUGCCGCGGCUGGCGGAGACGGCGCGGAGUCUGGGCAGGGAAGCCGGCAUGUCGGAGAAGACCUCCGGGGCGGCGCGCGGAUGAGAUGGGGUUCCUCGGCGCCGACACUGACGGGAUCCCCUGGAGCAAAGCAUGCUCCAGUGGCAGCGCACCGGCUUCCAUUUCUAGCCUGAGAAAAACUAGAUAAACCGUACAUGCAUAAUCCCUUCCUUUUGAUUGCAGGGCAUUGUACUAUUUUUUCUCCUUUGAUUACAGGUGCACGAAAGUGAGGCCACGGCCAGGAGCUAGGCGGCGAUGUACUCUCCAUAAAUUUCUAUUUCUCCUGUCUGAAUUAACUUUCUCUCUGUUAAUUUUUUAUGAAGAAUCAACAGAUUAUGAAUCC